AUGGAUUAUUAUAAAGUUUUAGGAGUACACAGAUAUGCUUCACCUGAUGAAAUUAAAAAGGCUUAUCAUAAAGUAGCACUUAAACGGCACCCUGACAAAAAUCCACAAAAUAAAGCAAAAGAAAAUUCAGAUAAGUGGCUGAGGCAUAUGAUGAAAAAGCGAGGCAUUUAUGAUAAAUAUGGCAAGAAAAGAUUAAAUGGCGGAGGUGGAAGUGAUUUUGAUGACGAAUGUGAUUAUGGUUCCACAUUCUGUAAGCCAGAUGAUGUCUUUAUUUAAGAAAUGUCUGGUGAAAAGUACACACUUUCAUUUCACUUCUUUGGAGGCUCCCUUGAAGAUCUUUUAAAAAGAUGCUUGUGUGGAAGCAGAAACAGAAGCAGAGGUACAGGAUCCUUUUAUUCCUCUUCCAGUGAACUUUUUGAGACAUUUUCUUCAUCUGAUAUGGGAUAUACGUCUCAUGGUUUACUAGGGCAUAAGGGUCUUACUUCAUUUUCUUCCUUGGCAUUUGAUGAUAGUGGGAUGGGAAACCACUUUUAUGUUACAACUUCAGGCAAGAUUGUUAAUGGCAGUAAUAUUAAUUCAAACAAAAAUAAUGACAGUGAUCAAAAAGAAGCUGGAGAUGAUCUCAAGUUGAAAUUCCUCUUUGUGUAUGAUGUGGGAGACAAAGAGGAAUUUGCAGAAGAAUGCAGCUGGAGAAAACAAUCAUUCAAUUUACCAAAUUCCCACAGCCCCAAGAAUGUGUUUCAGCAUACUUCAAUGGACAAUGAAGAGCAAGCUACACCCUGGGUCUCUAGUACCUGGGAUCCCUGUAUUUUCUCAGCAGGAUUCAAAGAAGCUUGUAAAUAUUUGAACAUAGUCAUUGUGGUGUAA